CAUUUGACAGUCACUGUUAGUGUCUCAACGAGAAAUGAGAAUAACCUUACACUUCAAAUUAGGCAAUAAUUCUCCAAUAUCAAAUAUGUGAAAACAUCAGUUUUGUUUGUAAUUAUGUGAAGUAUUUCACAAUAAUUUAAAACUCGUGGUAUUUGUCUAAAAUAUUGCCACCUGAGAUGGGUGCCUUAUUAUCCAGAGCGCUACGACCGCUUAAAUCGUUCAAUAUCGAAAACAGAGCGCACCGGGUGAUAUCCAAGGAAAAACCACAGCCAGCUCCAAGAUAUCCAUCAACAAUAGAAGAUAUUCAGCGGGUUGAAGAGACUGUCAAAAAUAUUGAUGAUAUAUUAGAAAGAAAAGACCCAGGUUUGGACGACCGACUGAAAAAUGUUUAUGUAACCUCACAGGGUAGGCCUGAAGAUGAUAUUACGAGGGAGGUAAGACAACAGAGAAUUAAUCGCCCUUUACCUCAGAAUACAAAGGCUGUAGAAGAAUUUGAUUUUGGCUUGAAAGAACCAGAUAAAGUGCCAUACGGACGCACAACAUUGAGACAAGCAAUUGAAUACAUUUCUUCACACCAAAUGAACCCUCAAGAGGUAACUGCAGCCAAAGUAGCAUUUGAAUACAAAUUGAAGGAAGAGGACGCAGUAAACAUACUCAAAUACUUCAAGACAUUUGAAAUAUUUGUCCCGGAAACAAAAGAGAGCAAAGCUGUAUUCGCUGGGCCAUCAACCAUUAAGAAAAGAUUAGCUCAACAGAGUAUACCUAAAAUUGAGGGUGAAAAAUCAGUUGAUACAUUAGAUCAAAAGAGUGAAAAGGUGAAAAGUGCAUGAUAUUUUUAAUUGCUCCACUUUUAAGUUGUGUUAGUAAAAUUUUAGAAGAUAAUGUUCCAUGCCUGAAGUUAUUGGUUAUUUAUCCAAAAUGAAGAUUCACUAUUAUUAUUGAUACUUAAACUUCUAAAAUCUUUUUUAAAUUGUCUAUUCACACUUAAAUUGACCCAUAUGAGAUAAUGUGGCCUUUCAUUGAACUCUCAAUAUUUAUGAUUAGGACAGUUGUCAUUUUUACAGCUCCAUGUUUGAGGAUAAAUAUUGGUAAAAUAUUAGAACCCUAAUCCCUAUUGAAAGCAUCAUGAAGAAUAUUAUAUAAAUAACUUUUAACCUUUCCACAUCGGACGGUGCCCACAGCCACUUGAAAUUACAAACACACAAAGUUCGCAAGGCACUCUUUUACCUCACCCAGUUUUCACCCUUAUUAUGUGUACAAGAUGGUUUAUUUUCCUAUGCAAUUAUGAAUGAGUGAAGUCCGAUACACAUUUCAAUCCGUUACGAUUCAAGUCCACCAAUAUUCGAUGUCAUAGCUUUACGGACAUAGCAUUUUUGUGUUCACUUUUUCCCGGGCGGAGCAGUGAGCGGUCGUUAUCAAGACUUUGCAUGAAGAUUGUUCUUUGUGGAGAUUUUGGUUUUAUUUUAUAAAGAACAUAUAAUGUUUAUUACAAAAACAUAAAAGGUAGUAAAUAAAAUAAGUAAUUAACAUUGUAAAUCAACAUUUAUUCUAAAAUAUACCUAUUUUUAAACUUAUUGUUGAAUGAAAAGUCUUUGUGAAAUAAAAUAAAAACACAAUAUGAAUAAUUUAUACAUGGUCUUAUAGCUUGUUCCAAUAGCUUUCAGUGAGUCACUCAAAUCACCCUAGUUAUAAACAUUUUAUUACUACACGUAAAAUAAUACGCACGGGGAGUAUGCUGCGCGAGCGCCGGACUAAGGCGAACAUUUUGCGGCGGAUAGCGACGAUCUGGAAAGGUUAAAGAGUAUGGUGUUGCAAGAGAUUGUGGGUGGCGGUGAUUUUUGUAAAACAUAAAAAUUGAAGAUGGUGCUGUAUAUUCUGUUACUUUAUUUGAUUGUUAACUUAAAUAACAAUGAAAUGUAAAUAUUCUAUAAAUAAAUAUUUUAUUUGGGUUAUUGUUGCAAUUGUGUUUUAGUUAAUUAGUUUAAAAUGUGAUUUAGCAGUAGCUAUUAAAGUGUAAAACAAUA